CAAUCAAAGAGUAUUGAUUUGAAAUAUUUGAUUCAAGGAAAAAUUGAGGAUCUCUUUAUGACAGGAUCAUGGUCGUUUUAAUAAAAUCCCUAAUUAAAAUAUUAAGUUAAUCAGAUGCCUUCCAAUGAUUAAUACUCGUCAAGAUCUAGAUUGAAAGAAGUAGGUUUGCCAAAGCAAAGUGCUUUAAUCAAUCAUGGGAAGACGUGAUAAGUAAAUGUACUUAGUUAUUGAAUUAUUGGGUCUAACUUAACUAAACCAUCACAAUAGGAUUGUGGGUUUAGAGGCAUGAAGUUUGGUGAGAUUUAUUACAUAAAUAUGUGCAAAGGGUUGCUCCACCAAACUAUCCAAGAGUUAUAUUUGAUAUAAUUGACAAAUGUUGUCUACCUAAAUAGUCAUGUUUUGAGAGUAUUAGCCCACGCUAACUUAAAACAUGGAUGAAAUAUGGAUCUUGGCUCACUAGAAAGAUUUGCAGAAAUGCUUUCCGAAUUAAUAGUUAGGGCUAUUGAUUUGAACAAAAUAGUGGGAGAUAUAUAUUUUGAAUAUAUAUUUAUAAUCACUUGAACAUAAUUUAAUAAACAUCUGUAGACUAAUUUAUCUUAUGCAUUUGAAAAUAUUGUAGAUAUCCAAUGGCAAAUAAUUCAAACAACUUCUCUGUACGAUCAGUCCUUGAGAAGGACAAGCUGACAGGAACCAACUUCCUUGACUGGCAAAGGAAUUUGAGGAUUGUCCUCAAACAAGAGCGCAAGCUCUAUGUCAUAGAUAUUCCUCGCCCUACACCUCUCGCUGAAGGAUCAACCCGUGCUCAGCAUACUGCUUAUCAGAAGCAUAUCGAUGAUGACACGGAUGUUCAAUGUCUCAUGUUAGCGACCAUGAGUGCUGAACUUCAGAAACAACAUGAGAAUAUGGAUUCUUAUGAUAUGAUUGAGCACCUUAAGCGUAUGUUUGAGGGACAGGCUCGUCAGGAGAGGUUUGAUACUUUCAAAUCUUUGAAUGCUUGUAAGCAGGGUGAACGUGAUCCGGUAGGACCGCAUGUUCUGAAGAUGAUAGGGUAUAUUGAUUAUCUUGAAAAAUUGGGUGCCCCGAUUGGUCCUGAGCACCAAAUUGAUCUGAUCUUGCAAUCUCUAAACAAUAACUAUUCUCAGUUUGUAAUGAAUUACAAUAUGAAUGAGAUAAACAAGAACCCCGCCGAAUUGUUGGCAAUGUUGAAAACUGCUGAAACCAACAUUCAGAAGGUGUCCCCUACUCCCAUAUUGAUGGUGAAUAAGGGGAAGGCCAAAGGAAAGGGUAAAUGGAAAGGCAAGAAGAAGAUGGGAUCUAAUUCUAAUGCCAAUCCGAAACCUGGUCCGACUAAGGCCUUGAAACCGAAAGGUGGUGUUCAGAAGGAUGGUGAUUGUCACUAUUGCAAGAAACCAGGUCAUUGGAAGAGGAACUGUCAUGCUUAUUUGGAGGAUCUGAAGAAGAAGAAGGCUGCUGCCGCUUCUGAUUCAGGAACUACAGGGAAGUAGGCCAUUGGCAAAGGGAGAAGUCGAC